AUGCCUCCUCCAUCCACUCGAGCAGAGGUCCUCUCGCACCUCCACGAGCAGAUCAAGAAUGGGAAGCCCAUCGUUGGGGCAGGGGCUGGGACUGGUCUCUCAGCCAAGUUCAUCGAGGCUGGCGGCGCCGACCUGAUCAUUAUCUACAAUUCUGGGCGAUUCCGCAUGGCUGGUCGAGGCUCUCUCGCCGGCCUCAUGCCUUACGGUGAUGCCAAUGCGGUGGUCGUCGACAUGGCCAGAGAAGUGCUUCCGAUCGUCCAGAAAACGGGCGUCCUGGCCGGAGUGUGUGGGACCGACCCAUUUCGAAUCAUCCCCCGAUUCCUCGAACAGUUGAAAGGCAUGGGGUUUUGCGGAGUCCAGAACUUCCCUACGGUGGGCCUGAUUGAUGGCACGUUCAGGGCCAAUCUCGAAGAGACAGGCAUGGGAUACGACAAGGAGGUGGAGAUGAUUGCUGAAGCACAUCAGCUAGACCUUCUUACCACCCCCUACGUGUUCAAUGUCGACGACGCAGUGAAAAUGACUAGGGCGGGUGCGGAUGUGAUUGUAUGCCACAUGGGCCUGACAACGUCGGGUAGCAUCGGCGCGAAAACGGGCAAGUCACUAGACGAGUGUGUCAAGCUGAUCCAAGACAUGAGGGACGCUGCCGCCAACAUAAACAGAGACAUUCUCGUAUUGUGUCACGGGGGGCCAAUUGCCGAGCCCAAAGACGCCGACUAUGUCCUCAGCUGCACGAGAGGGGUACAUGGGUUCUUCGGCGCUAGUAGCAUGGAAAGAUUGCCAGUGGAAAUGGCCAUCACCAACACGACCAAAGCAUUCAAGGAUGUGAAAGUCAAUCGGUAG